AUGAGCAGAGACAAAUGGGCACUCGGACUGCUGAAAAGGUUACCGGUAGGUCGUGACCCCUACCACAUUGGCUGCUCAUCACAUAUAUCUUUCAGAACAUGGAUCGGCACUACUGUGGAAACCCGAGAAAAACGGAAAAAUACAUUACUUUUUCUCCGCUUUCCUUACAUUUCCGAUGAAAUGAGCGCUGCCAUGAGGUGGUGUCUGAGGAGAGCAGACUUGGAUAGCUCCGUUUCGGUAGUUGAAAUACCACCGAACAAUUUGAAACGUCAGCUAGUUCGGAAUCGUUUGUACGACGCCAUCUGUACAACGCCGAACUGUAUUAUUCGUCGCACAGGCAGACCAGGAGACUGCUUGAAAUUCGGGGUAAUCUGCCUGAUUUCUUGCACGAACUGUGGCGACGAGUAUGUCGGUGAAGCGGCACGAUCGCUGUGUGUCCGCAUCAAAGAGCACAUGAACGGCAAGAAUAGGUUACGAGAAUGGACACCUUUAGGCUCUGAACAAGGCGAUAUAGCCGAAACGUUAGCCAAUAAAUUUAUUUAA